AUGGCUUGUUGGUCGAAACUUAUUGUCGCAAAUUUUGUAUUCAAAACAAUUAUCGGCACCUCACCAUCCUUCGAGUCGUCACCUAACCAAAUAGAAGAAAUUAUAGACCGAAUUGAUGAUUUCAUGGAAAUGAUGAAUUACUUUUGUCUGAUUCCGCGUUGGAUUAGAUAUCAUUUGCCUUGGUUUAAGACACGUACCGCAAAGUAUCUGAAUAGUAAAAAACAAUUGGAUGUAAUAUUGGAUGAAAUUAUCGAGCAGCGUAUAAAGGCAAUCAACAAUUGGGCGCCAGACAAAGCAUUGGAUGCGGACCUGCUGACGCUAUUGCUACUUGUGAGGGAUUCGAUUGAAAAAUUUCCCCAAGAAAUUUUGAGGCCUUUUGAUAGACACGAAAUACAACACUUUUUAAUUGAAAUUUUUCUUGCUGGAAUCGAUUCAACUUCCAGCACAAUAUGCUCUAUAAUUUAUUUUGUCUGCAAAAAUCCUCAUGUAAAAAAACUCUUAGUCGAAGAAAUCGAAAAAAUAUUCGGACCUAAUCUUGAACAGCCAGUCACCACUCAAUCCCUGAAUAAACUCGUUUAUUGUGAAGCAGUCAUAAAAGAAACGAAUCGAUCGAUACCUUUCGUUCCCAUAACUAGCCGAUAUUCUGAAAGUCCUGAUGAAUUAGGUGGCUUUCAUUGGCCAGCUGGCACCAAUAUAGGCAUCAAUAUUCACGGAAUUCAUAUGAAUACGUUACAUUGGACUGAUCCACACAGUUUCAAACCUGAAAGAUUUAUUUCUGCUGACGGAAACGAACUUGUUCCCGAAACAAAAAACACAUUUCUCAUGUUUGGACGUGGAGUUCGCGCGUGCAUGGGUCGUAAAUUGAGUAUGAUUAUUGUAAAAACUUUUAUGGUGUUGAUUUUCACCAAAUACGAGGUAGAAUUGUUGAAUGAAGGUCAGGAUUUGAAGAUUAAAUAUAAUGGUACUAAUAAGUGUGAAGAGUUUUUUAUUCAUUUGAAACCAAGAAUAAGAUAG